AUGGGCUGCCAAAGGAAAGUCUCCCCAUCCACCCAAACGUCAAAUACCCUCUCUUUCCGCCACUCCAUGCCGCAUCCCACAUGUUCCGAGCGCGAAGCUACCAACAGUGGGAUGAAUUACAUACAUCUAACCACGACGCUUGUUGAAUCCUUCAACGCUCUCGCCGAUGAAGUCCAGAUCCUGACCGACAGGAAGACGAUCCUGGAGCACAAGCUCAGAUUCGCCCACGAGCAGUACCAGUAUCUUGCCGACAAACAUGCCCCUGCUGCCCCCGAAAUCUCCGAAGUAUUGGCAAAGUUACAGCUGCCACCCGAACUCGCGAAUCCAUCGCUAGAAGACGCCAACCCUGUACCGCUACCGAAGCGCAAUAAGCUGGAUACCCGAAAUCAGAUUGCUGUCAUCAUACGAGACGGCCGGCGCGUUGCCCAGCAGCUCACUUCAAUCGGCGAAACGAGCAAGACGAGCGACUCUAGCAGAGAGACUUCUUCUCGUGAAGCACAGACAGGAACCUCCAUGUCUACCGUGCUUGAGCAAGACUUCACGAUCGAGGGGAAGAAGGGGCCUUUAGAAUGUCCCUUUUCUUCCCAGAAGGGCGAGGGCGAUGGUGAAGUGCAGAGCGUCGACAAGGGCGAGGGCGAUGGUGAAGUGCAGAGCGUCGACAAGGGCUCACAGGACCCUUCACCUCACCACUCCUCAGAUCCCAUAUGUGCCGCCAUGUUUGAGGAAUCGACAUCUCAACCGACCCCCGGCGCUGUCGACUCCCCCGCCAAAUGUCCGAUUCGCUACCUAGACCAGCACUCCCCGGAAGAGAUUGCACACUACGUCGAGACGCAUAAGCACGAACUGCCUCGCAGUCACGAGGUCUGCGUGAGAAGAUACCAGAAGAACGAGGUGCAAAUCAAGAAGCUGGACGCAAAAUACGGCAACUUGGUGAACAUGAUUCAGGGGCUUAGCGCGCUUCAUCAGCCCAUGCUGCCCGAGUCGCAACAGGAGCAGGAAGAGAUCGAACGAGCCUCGAAUGAGAGGGUUCACAACUGGGCGAAGGCGGUCACAGACACGACAGCAGAAGAUGCCGAGCAGUCUCAACCCGAGCCUGAGGAUGCAGAUGAGGUUCGGCAGAACCAUUUCGACCGAACGCUUAAGGAGGUUCGAGUGGGCGAAUCCCCGAGCCGUCCGUGGGGCAUAUCAGUCCCAAUCUAUGAGUCUCAGGGUCUGGGUGAUGAAGAACGUCCUCUUUCACCCCCUCCAGCCCCCGUUUUCAUGCCAUCUGGUUCGGAAGGCGAGGAAACGCCAGCACAAAAGACUGGCAAGUGUCCCUUUGAUCACACGAAAAUGGCAGCGAUGGCAGCCGCUCGGGAGGGGGCUCAACCUGCCUCUCCUACACCAGCGCCCAAGCUUGUGUCAAACGAAACAAGCGAGGACGCAUCACCACAAAAGACUGCAGGAAAAUGUCCCUUCGAUCAUGCUCAACUUGCUGCCAUGGGCUUCGCAUCGCCGACGCCGGAUACUGGUGAUCAAACAUUUGUCCACCCCGAACCGGAUCCUCAACCGAUUGAGCUGCCGUCUACACCUGUGAAGCCGCAGCCGUCUCACAGUGUGCCUCCUCAGCAACCGACCUUCAUAAACCCCCCGCUCGACGCGAAUAAGCAGUUCGCUCCGAACGGCUUCCCUCAGAUGGUUUUCACAGGCCCAGUUUUCAUCGGUUACCCCAUCGAGCAGGCGAUCCAGUUCAUGCAACACUUCCAAGGAAGGCAAUAG